CAGUUAACUGACCUUCUCCGUGUGGCCUCGUCUCGCUGCAGACGGUGGACCUUGAGGUGUGUUGUGAACUGUCAAACGGAUUUUGGGUAGUUUUGGCGUGGUAAAAGUCACACCAUGCCCGGUGUGGUUGAGGUUCCUCCGUUGCAGGAGUUAAACGUUGAAGAGGUGAAUGUGUCCUCUGCUGUACUGAAGGCAGCUGCUCAUCACUAUGGCUCUCAGUGUGACAAACCUAAUAAAGAGUUCAUGCUGUGCCGCUGGGAAGAGAAGGACCCUAGAAAGUGUCUGAAUGAAGGGAGGAAAGUUAAUGAGUGUGCACUUAACUUCUUUAGACAAAUUAAAGGGAACUGCGCUGAGUCCUUCACAGAGUACUGGACAUGUCUAGAUUACUCGAACCUGGCCGAGCUGCGUCACUGUCGUAAACAGCAGAAGGAGUUUGAUAACUGCGUGUUUGAGAAACUGGGCUGGGAGAGACCUGCAUUAGGAGACCUGUCCAAAGUAACCAAAGUGGCAACAUCUCGGUCCCUGCCUGAAAACCCCUACCAUUCAAGACCAAGACCAGACCCCAACCCUCCCAUUGAGGCCGAGCUACAACCAGCCAAGCACGGCAGCCGCAUGUUUUUCUGGAACUGGUGAAAUGGGCCAAUCGCUGCCCUCUAAAGAUUGUCACGUCCUUCACCACCUCCAUCCACCAGACCAGACGAGCCGUACAAGAUAUAGCGUUCCAGUGGUAGCGCCGUUAUUCUAAAUUAAAGUGUAGAAAUGUCAAUAAAUUUUGUUCUCAAUACAUGUUAUGGAAUUAAAAAGAUUUAAUUUA